GAAAUAAUAAUUAAUAAGGAACAUGGGCCACCUAUUUUCUUAGCCGGGCCUGUUCUGACGCUACUACUGAGGAAGAAGCCUAUGCAUCAUAUUAACAAAAAGUGUUAAGCCACGUCAUCAAGUUAACCUCGUACCAGCACCCGUGUGUUAAACCACGUUGACAAAAGUGUUAAACCACGUCAUCACCCUUAUGAUUUGUAGGUCCCACUUUUAAACGCGUAUGAUCGUCUACACUCGAUACCACCUAGAAUACGAUACGCAUAUUUUCUUCCCUUUCAUGGAAAUUGAGUUUCUGUUUCUUGACUCUGGAAAAAAGAGGGUUUUUGUUUAAUCACAGAGGUUUUCUCUGGAGUCUCGUUCAACGAUGAUGAAGAAGGUAAUAAAUCAAAUCUUCCUCUUUUUGUAGGAGGAGGUGAAGUUUAAUUCUUUUUGUCAUGAUACAAAAAUGGUAGAUUGAUUUAGGUCUCACACUUUUUUGAAACUUCCAUAUUUUCUUCUAUAUAAUUCACCCAAUUCUUAUCCUCCAAACUUCUAUAUUUUUAAUUACCGUUUCGGUGUUUCUCUUGAUACAAAAAAAAAAUUACUAUCCGUUUUAUAUCAUUCAUCGCUGCUUUGGCUUUAUCUAAAUAUUAUUUUUUUCCAUGUAAGGUUUUUGUGGGUUUGAAUAAAGUUGGUGAAACCGUGUAUGUUUGUAUCAUAUCCAUAAGAUCUAAAAACUCAACCGCUCAAAUCUUUUGUCUCGAGGUGAAUUAAUCUUUGCUUAAUCUUAAGCAUUUCCAUUGGUUAGAAACAUAGUUUGCCUCGAAAUUGUCUUUCGCAGUAGAAUUGGUUUGUUUCCGAAGGUUUGUGUUGUUGAUUCUCGUUUUUUGUUUGUUUGUGUGGGGUCUUGACUUUUGUCUUAAGCUAUCUUCGUUGUCCUUUUGUUAAAGCUUAAAGAUUAUACCAAAACGAAAAGUUGAGAUUUCCCCCCAAAUUGUUUUCAUGUCAAAUGUCAUGUAGAUUAGUUACAAUCAUAAACCCUGUUCCAAAGUUUUGAUUUUUAAUAGUUAAAAAAACAUGAAUUUUAUAUAUUUGUUGCAGGUAUUAGAGCAUAUUGAAUAUUCGCAGAUUAGCCCCAAGAAUCUCAAGACACAUGGACUAAAUCCGCAGCAGAUAUCGCACUCAUACAAGUGGCUUUAUGGGUUGAGGAUUCUUUGUUUGUAUUAUCGACUUGAAGUUUUUAAUUUGAAGUUAUACUCUGAUGGGUGAUAAUCAAGAAAGAUUGUCAGUUUCCUCAUCGUCGCUGACAACAGCCCAAGCUGAAGGGGAUUCACUCAUGAUAGUUGAGGAGUCUUGGAUGAUUGCAGAAGAGAGAGCUCAUGAGAUACUAAGCGUUAUCCAACCUUUCUUUGUUUCAGAUAGAAAUAGGAAUGAAAUCAUUGAUUACGUACGAGCUCUAAUCAAGAGUCAUGAUGGAAUUGAGGUAUUUUCAUUUGGUUCAGUGCCACUGAAAACAUAUCUCCCAGAUGGAGAUAUUGAUAUGACGGUCAUAACUAAGCAAAAUAUGGAGCAUAAAUUCUUUGAAAAAAUGUACAAUACACUUAAGAGUGAAGAAGGAAAACCUGAAUUCGAUGUAACUGAUGUUAAGUAUAUCCCUGCACAGGUCAAGGUCAUAAAAUGCAACAUCAGGAACAUUGCUGUUGAUAUCUCCUUUAAUCAAAUGGCGGGUCUCUGUGCUUUAUGUUUUCUGGAACAGGUUGACCAACUCUUUGGAAGAGAUCAUCUUUUUAAGCGUAGCAUCAUCUUAAUUAAAGCUUGGUGCUAUUAUGAGAGCAGAAUUCUUGGUGCCAACAUGGGAUUGUUCUCAACAUAUGCAUUGUCAAUACUAGUCUUGUACAUCAUCAACCUAUUUCAUUCAUCAUUAUCCGGCCCUUUAUCGGUUCUCUACAAGUUCUUGGAUUACUAUGGUUCAUUUGAUUGGAGCAACUACUGUAUCAGUCUCAGUGGUCCUGUGCCAAUAUCUCGUCUUCCAGAACUUAUGGCGGCUUCUCCAGAAAAUGGGCAGGAGUUAUUGCUUGACCAGAAGUUUGUAAGAGAUUGUGUCAAGUUAUAUACUGCUCCAACCAAACCUGUUGAAACAAAUGGUCUUGAGUUUCCUAUCAAACAUCUCAACAUAGUUGAUCCUCUUAAAUACAGCAACAACCUCGGAAAAAGUGUUACAAUAGGAAAUGUCAAACGAGUAAAACAUGCUUUUACACUGGGAGCUCGAAAGCUCAGAGAUGUUCUUUCACUACCUGGUGAAACCAUUGGAUGGAGACUGGAGAAGUACUUUGGCAAUGCUUUGGAGAGGAAUGGUAAGGGACAAAGGCAAGAUGUGAAAGAUCCUGUUACUGCGUUUGGUACUGGAAGGUCAGAACUAUCUGACCUCAGUGGAGACUUUGAAGGUUACUUUGGAAGACUUGCGAGUUACCAAAACAAUGAGUUUUAUCUAAGAGCCAUGAAUGGUUCAACCUCAAUUCAGCCUAAUGUCUUUCAAAACAUGGGAAAGAGGAGAGGAACAGGAACUUAUAUUCCUGAUAUGAGUCAACAGCUGUACCAUGCCAGGUUCAGAGGUUCGGGUGCUGGAAACUCAGCAUCUCAUCAUAUAGGAGCCAGUAGUAGCUGCAAUCUUUCUGGUGAAGUGUCUACUUCUUCUGCCAGUAUCAAAGGAGAAGAAUGUGUGAAAUCAGAGCCUUGUCAGUCUUCACCACCAGAAAACAUAGGAGAUUCUAUAUCUUCAAAAACACUGGAAAUGGAGAAUGGCAAAGAAGAAGAGAGCAAAACCUCCCAAAAGUUGAAGAGUUCUUGAAUUUAGUGAUUGUGACAGAAUCUUUGGUUGGUCUCUUGGUUUCCCUAUAGGAUAACUAUGUUGUAUCUUUAAUUGCAUGGAAAAACUCUUUUUAGGAUUUAAAAGAUUCAUCAGGAAUUUGAUUACUUUCUGUUGAUCAAUGUUUCUUGAGAGAUAUCUUCUUCAUUGUUGGUAAGACAGUGCAUACACUAGUGGUAUGUAUAGAUUAAAAGUUACUGAAAAAUUUGAUUUGCCAUUUGUUUUUUGCUCGGAGUUUACUUUCUUUUGAUUCUCGAUCAAUUUUUAUACAAGAUCUCUUGCCA